AUGAAGGCUCUACUAGGAGCACAUGAUAUGUCGGAGAUUGAAGAGAACGGGUACGAGGAACCGCCGGAUGAAGAAACACUAUCCCAACAACAAAAGGAUAGGCUAAAGGAUUCAAGGAAACCGCCGGAUGAAGAAACACUAUCCCAACAACAAAAGGAUAGGCUAAAGGAUUCAAGGAAGAGUAAUAAGAAGGCUCUCUUCCUUAUCUACCAAGCAUUGGGAGAUGACGAUUUCGAGAAGAUCUCGAGCGCAUCCACCGCCAAAGAAGCUUGGAAUAAGUUACAAGUCUCGUGCAAAAGGCGUCGAGCAAGUAAAGAAGGUAUGUCUCCAAACUUUACGAGGUGA